AUGAAUUCUGUUACGUGGUCAUUGUAUAUUGAAACGCUGCUAUCAGGUGCACAGAGUGUCAAACAAGUAGUGCAGAAACUCUGCACGGACAACAAUUUGGCUAUCGAUGCCACCUCGUCUCAAACCAAUGGUCAAGUCGUUACGCUCGUGCUACAGACGCUAUUGGUCCAGCAGUUAUCGUCCAACUACGUGGCGCCAUUGAUCGAGCAGCAGCUGAAGGAAGAUGCGGCUGUCGCGUAUACUCACCACCAGCAGCGUUGUGCCGCUGUUUCGCGUGUGGUUGAGGCCGCCAUCAGCCAAAAGCUGCUGCGCGACGAGAGUCCACUCACUAACCUCUUCAAUUGGAACGCAUUCCAGCUACGUCUCGCUAAUCUGCGCGCCGCCUUUCCCGAGCCAGAGUUUAAUCACGCACUGGCCGUCAAGACGAAUCCCACGCGGGGUCUGCUGCGUGGUGCACAAGUCAAAAAUUUUGGCGCCGAGUGCGCGUCUGUAGCAGAAGCCAAGCACGCGCUGUCACUCGGGUUUGAACCGCGCAAAAUUGUAUACGACUCACCUUGCAAGACGCUGGGCGAGCUGCGGGAGAUGCUGCUGGCUGGCGUGUACAUUAAUCUGGACAAUGAAGAGGAAAUUUGUAAGGUGAACAAGAUUUUUGCAGAGCUGAAGGAGUUGGAUGAGAAGUGGUCGGAGAAACAUGCAGAACAGAUUGGACUGCGGAUCAAUCCCGUAGUGGGUGGUGGAGCCAUCGACGCUACCAGCACGGCCACUGUUACGAGCAAGUUUGGACUGCCACUGACAGCGGAGACGAAGCACCGACUACUGACGAUCUUUAAGCAGAACCCGUGGCUGCAGGGCGUUCACGUACAUGUCGGCUCGCAGGGUUGUUCUCUUGACUUGUUGGCAAUGGGGGCCAAGAAAGCGGUGGCUUUUGCGCUGGAAGUUAAUGCUCAUGUCGGCAAUAAACAGGUACGAGUGCUUGACAUUGGUGGUGGUUUGCCAACGGUAUACGACGGUGGAGAACGAGAAGCUUACGAUUUCCAGGAGUACGCGGACGCAGUGCGUCAACAAGUGCCUGAGUUAUUUACGAGCGGAUUUUCAUCCAUCAUCACGGAAUUUGGUCGCAGUAUCUUUGUGAAGCCUGGAUUGACGGUGUCCAGGGUGGAGGCAGUCAAGAACUGGGCAGGUCAGCAUAUAGCUGUGGUGCAUGUCGGCGCCGACCAAUUCCCACGCACAGCGUAUUUGCCGAAGCAAUGGUCACACUGCAUCUCUGUACUAGAUAGCAACGGUCGUCCCAAGAUGGAUUCCAGCAGUACAUAUUUGCGUCAGGACAUUGCUGGCCCGCUUUGCUUCUCCGGUGAUUUCCUCGCCAAGCAGUUGCUGUUACCACCUAUUCAGGUUGGAGACUUUGUGGUAAUCCACGACACUGGAGGCUAUACGAUGUCUAUGCACUCCAAGUACAAUAGCCGACAAGUGUCGUCUAACUUCGCCUACUCAGCCAGUGACAGUGACGUCAAGUUUUCGAUGCUGAAGGAGCGCGAGACGACGGAAGAAACACUGGCUUGCUGGGGCAUCGACCGCGAUGUCGAGUUGUAA